AUGGCGCAGCCCUUCCCAUACACGUACUAUGCAUGCGACUGCUUCGACAGCAACACGGGCGCCGACGAAGAGGAGCGCACCUUCGACCCGCGCAGUCCACGCGCCGACUACGCCCUCUACCCGCUCGAGCACCUGCUGUACUGCGAAGACUGCCUCCGAAUACGGUGUCCGCGCUGCACCAUCGAGGAGACCCUGAACUGGUACUGCCCAAGCUGCCUGUUCGAGGUGCCGAGCUCGGUGGUGAAGAGCGAUGGGAACAGAUGCACGCGCAACUGCUUCAACUGCCCAGUGUGCACCUCGCCCCUGAGCGUCCACUCGGUCGAGAACCCGGAGGCGCCGUCCGCUGCAGGCGGGCCCUACAUCCUGGCAUGCUCGUACUGCCACUGGAGCACAGCGGAGACAGGCAUCGAGUUCGAGAAGCACACGGGCAUCCACAGCCAACUGUCGCGAGUCGCAAACGGCGGGACCCCGAUCCCGACGCAAAAGGAGCGCGACAAGGAACGCGACAGACGGUGCAAAGAGCUGGACGACCAACGCGCCUCGCGGCACAGCGUGCGCCCGCCGCCUGAGGACUCGCCUGCUGCUGAUACAGCUACCGGCGGCGAGGCCGUGCAGAGAGACGAGCGGUUCUCGAAUCUAAGCGCGUUCUACAAGACACAAACAGACGCGCAGACGCCAUCGAAUCUCUUCGCCGCACACGACAUGAGCUUCUCCUCGCCGUCAACGUACUCUCGCAUCAUGAACCUCUACUCCACUACCUCCAGGAACAAGAAGCGCGACAAGCCUCCUCCCAUGCGAGAAGCUGCUGCAGAACUCGAAGGCUUAUCGAUACACGACCCCGCAUCAGACGCGGCAGCCAUCGAGCGGCUGAAGAAAGACGGCUGGUCUAGCACCUUGUCACCGGCUCAAAAGCUGGCGCAAAUCGACCCACACGUGCAGUUUGAGGACGAGCUUCGUCCCGUCGCGACCCUACUCUGCACAAAACGCUCAAAGCGGUGCCGAUCUUGCCGUCACAUCUUGUCCAAGCCAGAGUCCAAGAUCACUUCGACACGGUACAAGAUCAAGCUCCUGGCCCUCAACCACAUCCCUCGCAUCAGCAUCCGCGCCCUGCCCUCACCCACCGCUCAGCAGCCACUCCCUCUAGCCCCAGGCCCAACGUCCUCGCAGCCAUCUCCGUUCAACUACAACAACCUCCGCCAAGGCAUACCCACAAACUUCGUCAUCCACCUCAGCAACCCGCUCUUCGACCCCGUCCGCGUCACCCUCGCCACACCCAGCACCACCCCCGGCAAAGUCCAUUCCAAAGUCACCAUCCUCUGCCCGCAGUUCGAAAUCGGCGCCAACACAGACGUCUGGGACGACGCGCUCUCCUCCUCCUCCUCCUCCGCCGCACCCGUCAACAAGGGCACAGUCGUGGACUCGGACGGCGCCAUCGAACCCGGCAAGCCGUACGACCGCGGCCGCAACUGGACGAGUGUCGUCAUCGAGGUCGUCCCCGGUUUCCUAGAUCAGAGCAUAGUCUCCUCGACGACAGACCAAGGGCCGGAUGGCGAGCUGGAGGAGGACGAUGAUGUGGUUGAGAUUCCGAUAUUCGUGAGGCUGGAGUUCGAGGCGGAUAUCAAUGCUGAGGAGAGGGGGCUGGGUGAUUCGAGGGGGAGCAAGGGGGAGAAGGAGACGAGAGAGGAGGCGUUUUGGACGGUUGUUGGUGCGGGACGGAUCGCGAGAGUGUGA